AUGUCAGAUACCUCUAUACGCGCACAACAGGCUCCUAAAGAAGACAAACCACCUUCGAAAAUACCGGAAUCUGUUAAGAAUAUCAUAUCAAUGGAGAAAGAAAACGAAACAAAUGCUAGUCGAAAAUCUCGAAUCGAUCUUAAUGCGCUGCCGACCCGCCAGUACCUGGACCAAACUGUAGUGCCGAUAUUGCUCCAAGGGUUGUCAGCUCUUGCCAAAGAAAGACCACCAGAUCCUAUCAAUUACUUAGCAGCUUAUUUAUUAAAAAACAAAACAACUUUUGAAAAUAAUAGCGCAAACUCUAAUAAUAACACUCCACAGAAUCCACAAACAUAG